AUGCCGCCGGAUGUCUGCCAGCCGGCGCGGACGCUGCGUCAGGCACCCCGCGACGACGUGGCGCCCGGUCGCCCUGCCUCACCCCACAGCUCCCCAGGACCCACCCCCACCCCUCCAGCAUCUCUCAUCCAGAGGCAUGUGGUGUCCAGGGGACCUCCACUGUCCACUGCCCUCAGAUGCCCCACCCAGAACAUGCAGGGCCUGGGCAACAAGGCUCUUUGGGAGACACCCAAAGCAAACAGCUUGUUCUACUCCAUCGUCCACCCUCCGGUCACCCGGUCGUUGCCCGGCGUCCGCGCCCUGCUUUGUCUGCGCCCACCGGCGCCCCCGGAAUUCCCUUCCAGCACGCAGCGUGCAGAGUCCGGCCUCCUUCUACCCCCGCGCCUAGCCCGCCGCCCCCGACCCGCGAUCGCCGCCACCGUCCCCGACACCACUGCCCCCCACCCAGGGGCCAGGGGGCGCGGCGCCCACCGCUCCCGGCGAGCCUCCCCGACGCAGCACGUCCCAGCCCGCGCCCGAGCGCUCCGCCGACCUCCGGAGCCCCCGGCCGGCCGAGCCCCCUGGGGCCGCUCCGGGUCCCUCGCCCUCUCGCGGCAGCCGCAGCCCUGCCGGUGCCCGAGCGAGACUGGCGCCGGGGCCGAGGUGGACGCGCCGUACCUUUCCCUGCUGACCGGGGAAACGAGUCUUCGGCGAGCGCUCGGCCUCCUCCGCGCCUCCUCCGCCAGCCGCCUGGCUUCCUCCUCCAGCCGCCGGGACCGUAGGGGCCCGAGCCAGCCGCCGCGGCCUGUGGCAAUGAGAGCGCUGGGCUUUGAGCCCAGGAAAGAAGAAAUCCAGAAAAUGAUCAGCGAAAUUGACAAGGAGGGGACAGGCAAAAUGAACUUCAGCGACUUUCUGACCAUGAUGACUCAGAAAAUGUCUGAGAAAGAUACCAAGGAAGAAAUCCUGAAAGCUUUCAAGCUCUUCGAUGAUGAUGAGACCGGAACAAUAUCGUUCAGAAUUCUGAAGCGCGUGGCCAAGGAGCUGGGCGAGAACCUGACCGAUGAGGAGCCGCAGGAGAUGAUUGAUGAAGCCGACCGAGAUGGAGACGGCGAGGUCAACGAGCAGGAGUUCCUGCGCAUCAUGAAAAAGACCAGCCUCUAUUGAGACCUGUGUCAUAUCUCCUGCUGCAAGCAUAUGUGACUAGAGUAGUGCCCGCUGUCCUCUGAAUUCCAGCUCCCCAUUGCCCUGUAGAAC